ACCGACAGGCAGGGAAAGCCCUCAGACAGUGAGUACAGUGUCUCCGGUGAACACCGCCGCUCCGCUCUCUGCUGGCUCCACACCGAGGGCUGCUGCUCUAAACGGACUGAAAAACGCUGAAAGACAGCAAGACAAAGCUGAACCAUUGAUUUGUUUGUAAGGUGGGGACAUGGCUGAUGUAAGUUCUAACGAGUCGUUCACCGGGGAAGUGGCCAAUAGGUUUGCUCGCAAAGGUGCUUUGAGGCAAAAAAACGUCCACGAAGUGAAGAACCACAAAUUCAUAGCCCGGUUCUUCAAGCAGCCGACUUUCUGCAGCCACUGCACCGACUUCAUCUGGGGGUUCGGAAAACAAGGAUUCCAGUGCCAAGUUUGCUGCUUUGUGGUCCACAAGAGGUGCCAUGAAUUAGUCACAUUCAGCUGCCCUGGGGCAGAUAAGGGGCCCGAUACAGACGAUCCCAGAACGAAGCACAAGUUCAAGAUCCACACCUAUGGGAGCCCCACCUUCUGUGACCACUGUGGCUCCCUGCUCUACGGCCUCAUCCACCAGGGCAUGAAGUGUGACUCCUGUGAUAUGAAUGUCCAUAAUCAGUGUGUGAUGAACGUGCCCAGCAUGUGUGGAACCGAUCACACCGAAAGGAGGGGCCGUCUGUUCCUCAAGUGUGAGGUCACUGACGACAAGCUGCAGGUCACAGUGAUUGAAGGCAUAAACCUGAUUCCAAUGGACCCCAAUGGCGCGUCUGAUCCGUAUGUCAAGCUUAAGCUCAUACCAGACCCCAAAAACUCCACCAAGCAGAAGACCAAGACUGUCCGCGCCAACCUGAACCCCAAAUGGAACGAGACCUUUACUUUCAAGCUGAAGGCUACAGAUAAGGACCGCAGGCUGUCGGUGGAGGUGUGGGACUGGGACCGCACCACCAGGAACGACUUCAUGGGGGCCCUUUCCUUCGGCGUGUCAGAGCUCAUGAAGGCUCCAGUCGCUGGCUGGUAUAAGUUAUUGUGCCAGGAGGAGGGGGAGUACUAUAAUGUUCCCAUCUCAGAGGAGGAUGACGGGAAUGAGGAACUCAGGGAGAAAUUUGAGAAAGCCAAGCUAGGCCCAGGUAAGAAGAUGAUCAGCCAGACGGACGACGGCCGCUCCAGCCCACAGCCUUUCACCAGCAUGAACCAGGUCAAACUUAGCGACUUCUCCUUCCUGGCUGUGCUCGGGAAAGGGAGCUUCGGCAAGGUCAUGCUGGCAGAAAUGAAGGGCACUGAAGAGCUGUUCGCAAUAAAGAUCCUGAAGAAGGACGUGGUGAUUCAGGACGAUGACGUUGAAUGUACCAUGGUGGAGAAGAGAGUCCUGGCCCAGCAGGACAAGCCACCCUUCCUCACCCACCUCCACUCGUGCUUCCAGACUGUGGACCGUCUGUACUUUGUCAUGGAGUAUGUGACCGGAGGAGACCUCAUGUACCAUAUCCAACAAGUGGGCAAGUUCAAGGAACCUCAGGCAGUGUUCUAUGCAGCUGAGAUUGCUGCUGGUCUCUUCUUCCUGCAUCUUAAAGGAGUCAUCUACAGAGAUCUGAAGUUGGACAAUGUGAUGCUGGACUCUGAGGGACACAUUAAAAUUGCUGACUUUGGCAUGUGUAAAGAGAACAUGUCAGAAGGAGUGACCACACGCACCUUCUGCGGGACUCCAGACUACAUUGCUCCAGAGAUCAUUGCAUAUCAGCCAUAUGGACGCUCUGUAGACUGGUGGGCUUAUGGAGUCCUGCUCUACGAAAUGCUGGCAGGACAGCCUCCGUUUGAUGGCGAGGAUGAAGAUGAGUUGUUCCAGUCCAUUAUGGAGCACAACGUGUCCUACCCCAAGUCUAUGUCCAAAGAAGCUGUCUCCAUCUGCAAAGGACUGAUGACCAAGCACCCAUCCAAGCGUUUGGGCUGCAGCACUGAAGGAGAGAGAGACAUCAGAGAGCACGCCUUCUUCCGUCGCAUCGACUGGGAGCGCCUGGAGAACAGGGAGAUUCAGCCGCCCUUCAAGCCAAAAUCGUGUGGCAAAGGAGCAGAGAACUUUGACAAGUUCUUCACACGCACCCAGCCCCAGCUCACACCUCCAGAUGAGCUGGUCAUCGCCAACAUCGACCAGGCCGAGUUUUCUGGGUUCUCUUUCAUCAACCCGCAGUUUGUGCAACCGGUGGUCAUUAACAGCAUAUGAGAAGGAAGGGGAGACCUCCCUGAAGAACUUCCCUGCUCACUGCCACCUACUUAAAGCAACUGCCAAUAUACCGUCUGACCACAACUUGAUCAAGGCCCUCUGUAAUCCUUUAUGUAUUACUUUUAUUUUAAGCAUCGCUCUGGGGCAUGCAUUUUUUGUUCUCUACAAUAUAUAUGCCAGUAUAGAUUAGAUUGGUUCUGAGCCAUCAAAAUAAUGUAUUUACUUCAGGUUAGUGAUGAGCAUGUACUGUAGACAAGGGGGUCUUUCUCUACAGCUGCAAUCUGUAUUGAAGGUUACCCAAUCAGGAGACAGAAGAGUGUCUGGCUUAAUUUAUCUCUGCCAGUAUAUGAUGACAUUUAAAGAUGAAAUUAGACUUGGGCUAAAAUAGGAUUAGAUAGCAUUUAAGGCAUGGAUUCUUUACUGGACUUAUUCUGGAAAAGGUUUAGAUGCUUACAAAUAUCAAUUGAUAACAUUAUGGUCUACAGAUCUAGUUGCUUGGUCACGAUUGACUUCCAUAUGGAUAACUAUCACAAUAUAGAUACAAUGUAAUGACCCGAAAUACACUCACAUGAGGCAGUGCAGACACUAUAGCCAAAUAUGAAGGACAGGUGGAGCAGGCGUCGGAACAGCUCCUCGAGAUUCAAUGUUUCCUGUAUCGUGUUUACAGUUUUCUUCCCUUUUGAUUUCCUUGUGAUAGUAUACAUUUAUAUUUUACUACAAUUAGAUUUUUAGCAAGUCUAAACAAGUCUUCAAGUGUGCGUAGCAAAGAAUCCACUAAAGAAUGAACAGUUGCGUAAUUAGAUAAUAUGCAGCCUGUAAAAUAAUCAAUUAUGUCAGACACAUAGGUAUGAAAGUGUGUCAGGCUUUGUUUUCAUUCUUAAUCUUCUUAGCUUAAAGGUAGGGUAGGUAAGUUUGAGAAACCGGCUCGAGAUACACUUUUUGUUAUAUUCCAUGGAAUGCUCUUAACAUCCCGAUAGCAAUGAAUAUCUUAAGUGCUUUGACAAAAAAUCCAUAAAGAAAUGUCAUCUGUGGAAGCCGUAGUACUGUAAAAAGCACGACCAAUCAUUUUAGCCGGCCCGGCUAAAAUAACUGGAUGGCCUACCUGCCUGUCAGCCUUCCAUCUGUGCACAAACUUAUCUCGUGCCCUCAUUGGUCAUGUGCGCGUUCGUGUGUGUUGGAGGAGGGGCUCUAUAAGGAAGUGGCAGAUGUUCUCCGGUUGUGUAUUUUCAAAUUCUAGCGAUCUCGAGCCGGUUUCUCAAACUUACCUACCCCACCUUUAACCUCAUUUUACCUGCUUUUUAAAAUGACUAAUGAAUCGUUUUGCCCUGACCUUAGCUGCAAAUUGUAUACUUGCAUUGUCAAUAAUUCUGUGGACACUAUGUGGACAGACAAUAAUCUGUUUAGUUUGCGGGUAGCGGUAGAAAGUUAAUAUACCUUAGGUAAAAAAUUAAACCUGAAACGUUUACAGUUUGUCAAGAUUUAACACAGUGUUAACCACUGUCUCUAUCCCAUAACUACAAAGCCCCCCAUUGGUCUUACAUGUACCAACAUUUUGCUAAACUGUUAUUUGUUUGUAGAAUAUAACAUAUCAUUGUGUGCUACCCAUCUAAUGUUAUAUCGCAUACAGUCUCAUGCUUCCAAGCAUAGAUAAAACACAUGGUCAGUUUUCGAUACAGAAGAUGCAAAUAUAUUGGAGCAUUUCCUCUGACACUUUGUUGUCCUAAGAACAGACACAAUCUUCAUUUGGAGAUUGUCAACAUAAUCGUGUUUAGAUAAAUCAAUUCUUUGCAUCCCUUUUAUUAUCAUUUAUGUAUUCAAAAAUAUAAUGUACUUUACUCUCCUCUUCUUUUGUGAUCUCAGACAUAUUUUCCCAUUAGAUCAGAUUACAAUCUGUAUAGUAUCAUUGCAUAACUCCUUUGUAAAUAAUCAUUAGUUAUUCAAAAGAGUAUAGAGAGUUACAGUUUUUAUACCAACACCCGAAUGUGCUUUUAUUACAUUAAUUAUAUAUACCAAUAUUUGUAUAUCUAAAGAAAAAGUAACCCAGUACAGAUCAACUUUGUAACAGCUGGAUGUCUUUAAAAGAGUCCAGAUUUAACAAGUUGUGUAAUAGAUCGGUUCUACUUGUUCUUUCCAGAUUAAUCAAAACGUUAAUUUUAUUUAUUCAUAUUCAAUGGUUUCGACUGCAGAUUGUCUGUUUGUUGGAUGCGUGUCUGGCCGUUGACUGUCCUUCUGUAUCUGCAUGCUCUUACUGUAGUAAGCAUUUUUCACGCACGUUAUCCGCUAUACGCAUGCUACGAAGUAUAAAACAUCUACAAGUUACAGAACAACCCCAAAGUAAUGCUCCACUCAAAACCUUUAGAGGUAAGAGUCUCCAACUGAACUCUCAAAAGAUUGCAACAAGUUAAACCUAUGGGAGGUGAAUCGUUAAUACUCAAAAGAUAGAUUUUAGGUGAAGUAACACUGGUUUCAAAGCUACAGAUUGGCAAAUGUGGCCAAUACAAAAACCACAGUCGGGUACCUUAAGAGUGCUGAUCUUAGACCAGCCAGAAUUAUUAACAGGUGAUUGCAGUAGUUUGUAACUACUCUGCGGACCAUUUACGCGUCAUGUUUAAAUAACAGAUUCUUGUAACAGUGAUUUUGCCAAAAUAAUACAGAUCUCCAGUGAAGAUGGAGUCAACAUUUAUUAAAGAUUAUCAAUCUCCGCAAAUAGAUACUAAUACUAAAAUCUAGUUUUAAAUGACUUUCCUAAAACAUAGUCCUUGAUUCUGUGUUUCUUUCUGUGGAAGCUUGAUGUAUGUUCAUUUGUAUGGCCCCUGUUUCUUUUUGCCUUUACCUUUCUUAAGGCGAUGUGGCAUCCAGGUCUGGGCGACUUUUGAGUCAGACUCACUGCUCGUUGCUAAUUCUGUGAAUCCACUCGCUCUCUUGUCUCAUGAAUGGGUUUUAUGUAAUAAUCUUAAUGUUGUGUUGAUGUCACUUUUUAAAAUGUCUUUAAUUUUGCUUUUAAUGUUCGUUGCUGUCAGUGUUGUCCAUUUUAUUUCUCUAGCUUCUGCUCAGAAAUUCAGGAAUGUGUAAAAGGAUAUAUCACAUUAUAAAACUCAUCUAAAUGCGAUAGAUAGGAAGCGUUUGUAAUAGUGUAUCCAUGUUUUUCUAAGAGUUAUGCUUCCUACCUUGUUUCCUAUAUAACCUUUUUUGCAUGUGCCAAACCUGGAAGAUGCCAGAACCCGACAAUAGCAGCGUUGCACUAGCUGUAGUCACAUGGAUGACUUCUUCUUUGUGGCAGCUUCUCCCCGUUUGGGCUGAGACCUGCCUAAAGCCACCUGCUGUACACUCUGUUGGCCACACAUCAUAUAGCAUGCUGCCAUGAGUGCACAUUGUGUCAGUACGCUUUACAAUGCCAGUCAGUUUGAUCAAGGACUCCUCAUACACCCGAGUAGAUUUGACUUCCUCUCUAGCCUUGGGCAGAAUUGUGUCUGGAAAACAUUUGAUUUAACAUCUGCCGUGAAUUUCACUGGUGUGAGAGAAAAUAUACCUUGUACAUACAGACACAUCCUUGUCUAACUUGAACCUAUAUGUGCUGACUUAAUAGACCCAUCCCUUUAAUAGAAUCUCUGAUUACUUGCUUCCCAAACUUCAUUGUGUAAUGUAUUAAAAAGUCACAGUCAGUGUGGGCAUGAAACAAAGACUACUUACUCUCCCCGUGUGUGCCUUUCCCGACUUCAACAGAUGUACCGCACAUCAUCAUCCUGAACUCUCUACUGUUUACUCCAUACCUUUACUCCACUUCUUAAUUUGCUCCGUUUUUACCUUGUGUUAUGCCAUGUAAGUGUUUUCAGCACAUCUCCCAGAUGAAUCAAUGUGAAUAAGUAAAAAAGAGGGGAAAAAACAUUGCACGCUUGGUUUACAUAAAUGUUCCAUGAUCUGGUCUGUAAAUCUGAAUUUGAAGCACAUUUCUUUUGACUGACGCCAACAAAUUUACAGCCAUAAAAAAAAUCUACAACUUGACUUCUCCUCCUGUGUCUGCCUGCUUUACCUUUACCUCCCUGUGCCUAUUAAUGACUGAAUUAUGUAGUGACUUCAUUCAUAUGUGUAUCGACAAUAUCAAAGGUUGAUCAUGGGGAGUGAUGGAACAAUGAACAGGUGAUUGACGGGGAUUAGAUACAUUAACGAAAGAUAAGAUGGUGAUGGCUUGUUUGAAGGAUGACCCCUGUGCCUCGUCCUAUAUGAACCGACCCCCCCCCCUUGUCUUUUCUUGUACGCCCUCUUUCUCUCUACUUGUUCCUCCUUCCACAGUGCCUGGGCCAAGUCAACCCGUCAUAUUAUCGACAGUGUGCUCCUCCUUUCACCCUUUAAAUCCCUUCAGGUCAGGAAAGUAGUCGCUUUUUCUUGUUCUAUUCACUCUAAACCUCCAUAUCACCAUUUCUGCGCUCUACUGGGAAAGGAGAUAGCCAAAUGUAUUUCACUUUGUUUACAAUGUAUUAGAUGUCCUCACCUUUUUGUUUUUAUUUUAAUUAAUAAGGAUUGGCAGAAAAUAAUUAACUUUCUGAUGUAAAGGUUUUAAGAGAGAGGGAUUUGUAUCUUGAAUUGGCAUUUCUUACUAUUCUCCUUUUAGGUACAUGUUUCCUUCAAAUGUCUUUCUUUGUUUUUGUAGUUUGUCAUUGCUCCAUUGUCUCCUGUUUGCUGUGUAAUCAGAGAGUUGAGGUGAGCUUUUAUCUUUUUGGAUUUACAGAGGAUCAGUGAUGUGCAGGAAUGCCUUUUCCCUUAGUCCAUACAGUAACAUGGCCUCUAAUUCUCCCGUCGUGGUUCAUUAGAUAUCUCAGCACCCCUGUCUUUGUACAUAAUUGACUUACAGUAGAUACAUAGACUGUAAAAGAAAGAAUAUAUUGUAUUUUGCAAAUGGUGUAUGUCUGUUUCCUUCCCUGUCAGCCUGAAACCUUUAAAACUGAGUCUGAGCUUCUUACCUUGUAACUAAAUGUGUCAUUUGUACCUAAUGUAUGAUAAUGCAAAUAAAAAUAAAAGGAAAAUUAAUGUA